CCGACUUAAUUGAUUGCCUUCAUUUUCCAUCGCAAUUCAUUAAGAUUUCAACACAUAUACGUAGGUGUCUCGUCAACUUCUCUGCGCUAUAACUACAAGCCCAUGCACCACCAGUGUCAUUCAAUUCUAGCUUAGCUUAGUCAAUCGGCUGUUCAGUGACUUAAAUAUCCAUCAGAGUAAGCUAGAUCAGAGCUUAAUUAAAUAACUCGGCAUCGAAAUUAAAUAUCGUUUAGAAGUAAAAAGUAAUGGCGUGUUUGUUUCCACCUAGAAUGACAGUCCGAAUGCGUAAGCCGGAGUUGGUUUCGCCAAAAACGCCAACGCCACGAGAGACGAAGCCUCUGUCUGACGUGGACGACCAAGCCAGCCUCCGGUACCAAAUGCCCUUGGUCUGGUUUUACAAAAGCAAGGCGGCGGCGGGCUCUAAUAAGCCGCAGCCCGGGAGCGACGUCACUGAUGAUCCGGCUGAGCUGAUCAGGGAAGGUUUGGCGAAGGCGCUGGUGUUCUACUACCCGCUGGCCGGCCGGCUCGUCGAAGGGCCGAAGAAGAAGCUGAGCGUGGACUGCACCGGCGAGGGAGUGCUCUUUGUGAGGGCGGAGGCCAACCUCUCCCUCCAGAAGUUGGGCCGUUUUGUGCAAUCGCCGAGCCCUUAUCUCGAGAAGCUUCUGUAUCACGUGCCUGGCUCCGAUUAUAUCACCGGCGCCCCUCUUCUCCUUCUUCAGGUGACUCGUUUUACAUGCGGCGGAUUUGCGCUUGGCGUCCGCUUAAACCACACCAUGUUGGACGGCUAUGGUAUCUUCCUCUUCUUAAAGGCCGUCUGCGAAUUAGCCACUGGCGCUUUAGCGCCAUCAGUUUUACCGGUGUGGGAGAGACAACUGUUGACCGCUGCUGCUGAUUCAUCAGAGACGGCGGCGGCAGAGGACACCAUGUACGGCAGCUCCGUCACGGUGGCCACCAGUAACAAAAAGCAGUUCAAGCUGCUCGACAUUGAGAGGUGGGCCAGCUUCGCUCUGGACUUCGACAAAGUGGCAGCCCAGCCCCGUUUCUUCUUCUACCCCGCCAUACUGAGACCCAUUCUGCUUCACCGCUCAUUCACCCUCACUCCACAAGAUAUUCAGGCUCUCAAAGACCGGGUUUUGGAGGAAGGCCUGGGCAAGUGCUCCACUUUUGAGGUGAUCUCCGCGUGUUUGUGGAAAUGCCGCACGGUCGGGCUUCAGCCCGACCCCAACGCUACGGUCACGAUCACCUUCCCCACUGACAUCCGGGGAAGGUCAUCGACGACCGGGCUGACGAUUCCUCGUGGGUACUACGGAAACGCCAUCGUGAUGCUGUCCGCCGCCGCCAACGCUAAGAUGUUGUGCGAGAGUCCCCUAUCUUACGCCAUCCAGUUGAUCAGAGAGUCCAAGGAGAAACUGAACGGCGACUAUGUCAAGUCGGCGAUUGACUUCUUGGUGGUUAACGAGCGCCGGAGGUUACCGAUCGAGAGGAAUUUACUCAUUUCGGACCUAUCGAAAAUUGGUAUGGAGAAACUAGACUUUGGUUGGGGGAAUGCUAUUUAUGCAGGCACCGCCACAGCCGCUUACGGCGCCACUUUUCUAGAACGUCCGAAGAGCAGCGCAAGUGUGGAGGGCGGUGUUUUGGUGCCCAUUGCUUUGCCUCACGUUUCUAUGCUGAUUUUCAGUCGUGAGUUCAAGAAGAUGGCUAUGAAGUCGUCGUCUAACACACCGGUGCUCCGGCCUGGCCCUUACACACGUUUAUAGAAACAACUAAAUAAAUUAAGGCAAAUUUUGAUAGAUUGUUCAUAUAAAACAAUGAAAACAUUGAAAUUAAAUUAUUCAAAUAUAAAUAAAUGAUGAAGUAAUGAUGUGAAUCUAUCAUGUGUUAUACUUCUCGUACCCUCACAUUUUUAUGUCCCCUAUAAUGAUGAAGUAUUACGGUUUUA